AUCUGAUGCAGUAUAAAAGAACAGUGAAUGAGCUGAGGAAUGUAUGAGUAAUCAUAUUUGCUGAGUGCUGUAAUGCAAGAGGAGUUGUGCUGGGCUUAUCUUUGAAGUGAUUUUCUAGCAGAUUCUGAGUCAUGGGGGAUGAGGAGAUUGCAGCUCUGGUUGUGGAUAAUGGAUCUGGGAUGUGUAAGGCUGGGUUUGCAGGGGAUGAUGCUCCUAGAGCUGUAUUUCCUUCCAUCAUUGGAAGGCCUCGCCACCAGGGAGUGAUGGUGGGAAUGGGUCAGAAAGACAGUUAUGUUGGUGAUGAAGCCCAGAGCAAGAGAGGGAUUCUGACCCUGAAGUAUCCAAUUGAGCAUGGGGUUGUGACCAACUGGGAUGACAUGGAGAAGAUCUGGCAUCACACCUUCUACAAUGAGCUGCGAGUUGCCCCAGAGGAACAUCCCGUUCUCCUCACAGAGGCACCUCUCAACCCCAAAGCUAACCGGGAGAAGAUGACUCAGAUUAUGUUUGAGACCUUUAACACGCCAGCUAUGUAUGUCUCCAUUCAGGCUGUCCUGUCCUUGUAUGCCUCUGGCCGCACGACAGGUAUUGUAAUGGACUCUGGUGAUGGUGUGACUCACACAGUACCUAUUUAUGAAGGGUAUGCCUUGCCCCAUGCCAUUCUGCGACUAGACCUGGCUGGCAGGGACCUGACUGACUACCUGAUGAAGAUUCUGACUGAACGUGGGUACUCUUUCACAACCACAGCUGAAAGGGAGAUUGUCCGUGACAUCAAAGAAAAGUUAUGCUAUGUGGCUCUUGACUUUGAGUCUGAGAUGGUUAUGGCUGCAUCCUCGUCAACCCUAGAGAAAAGCUAUGAGCUACCAGAUGGUCAAGUCAUCACCAUCGGCAAUGAACGUUUCAGAUGCCCAGAGGCUCUCUUCCAACCUUCCUUCCUAGGAAUGGAGACAACUGGAAUCCAUGAGACCACCUUCAACAGCAUUAUGAAAUGUGACAUAGACAUCAGGAAGGAUCUGUAUGCCAAUACAGUCUUGUCGGGUGGAUCCACCAUGUACCCAGGUAUUGCUGAUCGAAUGCAAAAAGAAAUCACAGCCUUGGCUCCAAGCACAAUGAAGAUUAAAAUCAUUGCUCCACCUGAAAGGAAGUAUUCAGUGUGGAUUGGUGGGUCUAUCUUGGCUUCUCUCUCCACAUUCCAACAAAUGUGGAUCACCAAACAAGAAUAUGAUGAGUCAGGUCCAUCAAUAGUCCAUCGAAAGUGCUUUUGAUCUGAGCUUGUUCUGUAAUGUGUGAAUGUCCAGGCUGUCUAAGUAGAAUAUUGCCUUAAAAUGCUUUAACUUGCCAUUUUUCUUGAUUAUGCUGUCAAGAGGUUUAUUAUAUUAAGAUAGACGUUCAUGUUCUAGUUGAUAUACACAAAAUCCAGUGUGUAAACAGAAACUUGAAUCCAUUUGUUUUUCCCAAAUCCUGUCCAUAGUCUCUAUCGCUUUCAACAUUAAAUCAGCUUAAAUUUCAUUCAGGGUUCCUUUUGAUGUUUGCAAAAACCUCUUCAAUAUAUUGACCUCCUUCAAGAAUAAAGCAUUGUUUUAAUGAUUACUCAUUCUCUUGAGGCAACCAACAUUGGCUUGAAAGCACAUCUGUCAACAUUAAGCCAAGAUACUUGUGUCAAAAUGUCUGUUGUGAAUGUAAAUGAUACCAAGACUCCAAAUUGCAAAUAUAUAUCCUAUUUAGUGGUCUAAUAUUGCCUUGCAUAAUUCAAGAUAAACUAAAUUAACCAUUGCAGGUCAUUAAUUUAGAGCUUUAAACCCACAAUAUACUGCUGUUCAACACUAUCCCUCACUUAGCGAUUGCUUAUUGAGAUUCAAUAAGCUUUGACAGCUGAACAUUCUCAGUGAUCACUGUUUUUGCACACUGCCUUUUAGGAAGUAAUAGUUUUGAAGAGGUAGUAAUAAAACAUAGUAUAAAGAAUUAAGUACCACAAGUGACCUGACUCAAGAGGUUGUAACUCUUUUAUGCCUGAGGGAUUACCAGUUAACUAUCCUAGAGAUCUUGUAAUUCUUAUUGUCUUGGUGUGACUAAUCCUCAAACAAUAAAUGAGGGGAAAACAAGAACUAAAGCAUGCUGAUUUAAAGGAUAAGAACAACCAAGUUUUGAAUGUGGAAUGGAAGAUAGGUAUUCUAUUUUCAAGGUUACAUGUAUCGACUACUGACCUUUCUUUGGUAUCACUGCUGAGUGAGGAAGGUUCAAUUUCAGAAUAUUCUUAAUCUCGAGCAAUCUGAAAUGUUAGCUAAAAUCUUGAUCUGUAUGUUCCCCAUGUUGUAAUACAUACCAAAGUCCCCAACAUAGUCACUACAACCACCAGGUUCAGCAUGCAUGCCCGAGUGACUAUUUCACUGGUGCUGCACUUCUUCCAAAUGAGAACCCCUUUUAACUCCAUUUUUUUUUUUUUCUCCACAGGUGAGUUUCUCCAGCAUUGUUUGUUUUUGUUUUGAACCUGUUAUGACUUUUCUUCAGAAUCCACUAAAAUUUGUCCAAUAAGUUCACUUUUGGCCUCCUCUCCACAUGAAAUCUUGUCAAAGCUCAAUGACCAGGAACUGAGUCCUGUUUUACAUCAUCUGGCUAUAGUAAAUACAGUACUCCAUCUGAUUUGUGUGCGAAUAGUGUUGUACUGAGAGGGAUUCUGAUUCUCCUGCUCCCUUUCACUGUUUGAUCCCAGUGUGUCUAUUGUUGUCCCUGUAGCAAAUAAAUCUCAAAUGUAAUAUGAUUACACUUUUGAUUUUUCUGCCUCUUUUCUCUCUAAGCACUAUAUACUUGUUUUGUUGUGACACUAAAUAAAUUCUGGUGACUUUGAAUUGGAGGUCACUAAUAAAAGCAAGUUUUCCCAUUAUUUCUCAUUCUCCUUCUAAUUCUAGUGGAUGUGUAUCCUGUUUCGGAUGUUCAGUGGUGGCUGGAUUCAGUGGCACAGGCUCCAAAACAAUUUCUACCAAUUGUUCUAGGACUAGACUUCUGUAAACAGCACCAUCAUCCAUGUGUGAAGUGUCUGCCCAUUUCUUGCCCCAUCUCUUUAAACAAUAACUGUGCAGGCUUUGUGCUACGGGGUGUAGAUUCAGACACCAGAACACCUACAAUACACUUUGUUGUUUAAAAACCAUGUAGUACAAGAGUUCGUUAUCUC